UGAGUAUCGAGCAAGCACGGUGCUUUCGAAGAUGACAGAAUAUUGUUUUCGACAACCGAAAACCUUUGAGGACGAGGAAAAGUGUGUCGUUAAUGCAGUUCCAAAGUCGAUGCAAUACAAAAACAAAUGGGCGGCUCGUAUUUUUGAAGAGUGGGCAAAAGCCCGAUUUCUGAAAGUAGCAACUUUGGAACCAGGUGGUCUUUUUAAAGAAUAUGAUCUGCACAGAGUUCAAUCGCUGGAAACUCCUUUAUUCCAAAUGGAUGCUUUAAGCGUUAAUUAUUGGCUGACAAAGUUUGUUCAAGAAGUUGACAAACCGUCCAAGGAAAGAUACCCACCGAAAACGUUAUAUCAGAUUGUGUGUGGAUUGCGUCGCUUUAUGGAGGAGAAGAAUGAGAAGAUGGAUUUUAAUCCUGUCGAUGCUUCGGAUAAAAGGUUCUCUAUCUUUGAUCCGACGCGUUCUUGAUGCAGAAAUGAAAGAGGGAACAAGGUUAGGGAUGUUGUUGUCAAUAAAGUUGUUUAUCGCCACGUG